AUGUGCGAAACGGAAAGGAAGGACACACGCACAUUUUGCACAAUUCGUCUACCAUCCAAGUGACGUGUUUUAUCUCGCAGCAAGGCUUUAGGACCAUUUUAGCGAGAGAAGGUUGUUCUUGCCUUCGUAUUCUGUUAUUUGUAAGCUGUUAUUCUUUGUGUUUUGUUCAGUUUCAUCGUGUUAUAAUGCUUUAUAACUCUUUGCAUAAUGCAUUUCGCUACAUGCGGUGUUACGAGGAAUUUGUUCAAGGAUGCGGACGGAUUUACCAAGACGCUUGAAAUAACCGUGUUACAUCCUUGCACCACAUUCGGGGGCCGCAUGAAAUUGGAAACAACAAUCAAUGUGCCAAAAUAAGGUUAUCAUUCAGCAGCGCAAGUACAACCGAUGAGUACGCAACACAUCAUGGGUCGAAAAGAGCACAUGCAGCAGCACGCGUAUUUGCCAUUGAUUGAUCUUAAACAGAUCGUGCUUGUGUAAUAUUUUUGUCGUAAGCUCGAGCGCACCUGAGAACACUUCGAAGCAAUGAUCGAUUUUACGGAUGAUUUGGAAAACUGGAUGGGCAGACUACCGGCCGAAUUAAAGGCACUGCCUUUAAUACACUUGGCCAUACCCGGAUCGCAUGACACGAUGUCGUACGGUAUUAAAAACAAGGCACCGGUCGCACCGGAUGCUGAUCCAAUCGUAGGGACGCUCAACAAAUUCAUCCCCUGCGUCGUACGGCGGUGGGCCGUAACGCAACGUUACACCAUCCUGGAGCAGCUAAAGUGUGGAGUAAGGUACUUUGAUUUGCGCAUUUGCAUGAAGCGACCGGAGAACAAGUUCUACUUCGUGCACGGACUGUUUUGCGAAGAGAUUACGGAACCGCUCGACCAGCUGAAAGAGUUUCUUCGCACGCACCCAAAAGAGUUCGUUGUGCUGGAUUGUCAGCAUUUCUAUUCGUUCAAUCCGACCGACCACUGCGUGCUGUCGGCAGAACUGAACCGCAUCUUUGACAGGAAGAUAUUUUCCCGCAACGUUAACGAGCUGAAGGAUUGCACCCUGGAGUCGGCCACCGGGAAUGGGAAGCAGGUGCUGAUUGUGUACCGCAGCGAUGCGUGCGUAAAUGAGCGAUUUUGGCUGAGCCAGGACUGGCCGACGCCCUGGCCGAAUGAGAUCAAUGUGAAGAAGCUGCAGCAGUAUCUGGACGAAUCGCUCGCCCAGCGUCGCCCCGAUACGGGAUACGUGUCGCAGUGUGUCCUGACGCCUACGGUGCGCUACAUAGUGCCUCGUUUCAUGUCCUCGUUGCGUACCACCUGCGCCAAAGCGGUAGACCGACAGUUGAUGGAGUGGAUCAAGGGCCAGAUACCGGGCACCUUCGCUGGCGAGGAGAAGCCUCGCACGAACGUGUUUUUGGCCGAUUUCGUCGACAUUGCAGACAAUCAGUUCUGUAAGGUGGUGGUGGGAUUGAACAAAAAGCUGCUGGAGCAGGAAAACACCAGUACGCACAGUUCCCCGUCAAAGAAAAGUACGUAAACGGUACGGGAGUUUUAAGAUGGAAUGGAUUUGUGUGGAUUUUAACGAUUCUCAGUGAACCUAGUCCAGCUCAGUUAUAGCUGUGUUUUCGUGUCGGAUCGAAAGUUACGUUUUAUGGUUUAAACAUUAUCUCCAGGCAAAAAGACAAGUUAACUUUACUCUUAAUCUAUUUACAAAGCUAAAGUUUUAUUACUGUGAUACUAUCGUUUAUUAGAUUUCAAUUUGUUUGGUGCUGAAAACAUAUUCUUUUUUCUAAAUAAGGGAAACAUUACUAAAGGUGAAGGUUUGAUCGACACGUAGUUUAGAUUUAAUGCAAUUCUGACCUCUCUGUCGUAAUUUAUCAGUAAGCUGGACUGCUGAUGUUUGCGAAAAAGAACCACUGUUCUUUAGGGUACGUACGUACGUACAUUUUAUGUUCAUAAUUGAAAGCAUAUUCUGACCAAAAUCAUUACAUUUCUCAUAAGUCAUGUGUAUAGAUUUGUAUUAAAAUAACGGCCAAUUGCAGCAACAUGAAACGGCACAAUCUCAGUGGCAAAGUGACAAUCGUCGGCAAAUGAUACAAUACGAUAGCGAUAAUCACAUCGGUUCAUCAAUGAAACCAUUUUUUUUUAUUACACAGCAAAACAAACUGUUUCUCUUUUAUCGCAGAACCUUAUCUACGCGUUCCGCCAAUAUAUAUGUACAAAUAGAUGGUAUCGAUAAGCAUACAGAAAUCUGUUGGCUAUAGCCACUUUAUUCAAAUAAAAAGAAGAGAAAACACA